CGAAGCAGCUGGUUGACUGGUUGAUGGUGGAGCUUCCUCUCGCGACCCUGUCCUUCAUGACACCUUUGUGCAUCUCCGCUCUCUUCACUGCGGCCCUGCGACACUUAGUGAGCUAUUGAGGGUGUAUAUGACUUUUUGGAGGCAUGGCAUGGUCUGGGAACUCCACGCCUUCCAACAGCGCCUUCUCACGCCUGCGCAAUGUCCGUGACCCAGACCUCAGUUCCUCAGAAGAAUGUCUAGUCUAUACCCCAGCCCCUGGCGGAGGAAAUAAUGGCGGAGGAACGGCACACGGCUUCGUUCCCCAUUCUGUGACCACAUCUCCUGGGAGGCCAUCGAACCACCAAGCAAAUAUUGCUCACUCAUCUCCCUCACCCCUUCCUUCAGGAAGUAGUACAGAGAGUAGUGCUUCUGCUCCACCACCAUCCCCAGCAUCGCCACCUUCGCACCCGAGCCAUGUUAGCGUGAACAGCACAGCCGGAUCACUGAGGAGGGCUGGCAUCCCCCAAUCCCCUGUAGUCCCACACCCAGUUAUCGGCCCCCCCAAUAACCCUGCAAUCCUCCCACCCUACCUCCCCUCACAGCCCCCUGCCUCCCCCUCAGGCUUACCCCCUGCCGGCCCUCCUGUUGCCCCUCCUGGUGCCGCCAGUCCUCCCUCUCCUCCUCCUCCCCCCCCUCCGCCGCUGCCUCAGCCAGCUUCAGCACCUCUGCCAUCACAGGUACCAUCCUCAUGCACCACACCACCACCACCUGCUUCAGCCAAUACCACAGGCACCACAACUACCAGCAGCGAUCCAGCCCAAGUGUCCAAUGCGCCCUCGGGUGGUUGCAAUAACCCCCCUGCUACCACCAGUACCAAUACAUCCUCUACUACUACCACUAGCACAGCUACUCCUGGCACCAAUAAUGGAGGACCCAUGUAUAACUGGCAAGCCACCAUGACUACUGUUAAGGAAAGAUUUGCAUUUUUGUUCAACAAUGAAAUAUUGAGUGAUGUUCAUUUCCUGGUCGGCAAGGGAGACUCAAGGCAACGUAUUCCAGCCCAUAAAUUUGUGCUGGCAGUGGGCAGUGCUGUUUUUGAUGCCAUGUUCAAUGGGCAGUUAAGUACCCAUCAGGAUGAGAUUGAACUGCCAGACGUAGAGCCACAGGCCUUCUUGGCGCUCUUGAGAUUCUUGUACAGUGAUGAGGUGCAGAUUGGACCAGAGACGGUGAUGACUGUAUUGUACACGGCAAAGAAGUAUGCAGUUCCAGCUCUUGAACAAGCCUGUGUAGAUUUUCUCAAGCGUAACCUCUCCUCAGAUAAUGCAUUUAUGCUUCUAACUCAGGCUCGACUCUUUGAUGAGCCACAACUGGCUGCCUUGUGCUUGGAGACAAUUGACAAAAACACUGAAGAUUCACUAGCAGCCGAAGGGUUCACAGAUAUUGACCAUAACACCCUGUGUCUGGUGCUAGAAAGAGAUACCUUGAGGAUUCGAGAGGCCAAGCUAUUUCAAGCAACUGUCAGGUGGUCAGAGGCAGAGUGUGAGCGUGAGGGUUUAUCUGUAACUAGUGCUAAUCAGAGACAAGAGUUAGGCAGAGCUCUGUCUCUCAUUCGUUUUCCUCUCAUGACUGUGGAAGAGUUUGCUCAGGGACCAGCACAGUCAGGCAUUCUUACGGACCGUGAGGUUGUCCAGCUCUUUCUCCACUUCACGGUCAACCCAAAACCCCCGGUCAACUUCCUAGAUGUUCCAAGAUGCUGCAUGACCGGCAAGGAGCAGACAGUGUGUCGUUUCCAGCAGAUUGAGUCCAGAUGGGGGUAUUCUGGAACAAGUGAUAGAAUUAGGUUCAUAGUUGACCGUCGCAUAUUUGUAGUUGGUUUUGGAAUGUAUGGGUCCAUCCAUGGGCCGUCAGAGUACGAGGUGACCAUUCAGAUCAUCCAUACAGCAACAGGAAAGGUGUGUGCAAGCAACGACACAAACUUUACAUCUGAUGGUUCUGUGAAUACAUUUCGUGUCAUGUUUAAGGAGCCCGUUGAGGUGCUGCCCAACACUAACUACACUGCUUAUGCUACACUGAAGGGUCCAGAUUCUCACUACGGAACCAAAGGAAUGCGUAAGGUGGCGGUGGAAUGUCCAUCAGGUGACAGAGCAACCUUCCAGUUCACAUAUGCAGCUGGAAAUAACAAUGGUACAUCCGUUGAAGAUGGACAGAUCCCAGAAAUCAUCUUUUAUACUUAGAUAUGAUAAAAGAAUGGAGAACCAAAAUAGAAUAAUGGUUGUGUAAUAUUGUUAAUACGUAUCCCAAUCCCUGCAGAUGAUUCAUUUGCAAAUUUAUUUAGUUAGUAAUUUUUUUCCUCUUCUCUUCUCUCUCAAUUUUUCUUUCUUUCUUUUUCUGUUUUUCCUUUGUUUCCUUUUUUUCCUCUCUUUCUUUCUUUCUUUCUUUCUUUCUUUCUUUCUCUCUCUCUUUUUUUUUCUCUCUCUUUUUUUCUCUCUCUUUCCCUGUUAGAUACCUGCACUGUAUUAGGUUAGGGAGAUAGGGGUUCAUAAAAACAAUGGUUAUGUUUAUGCCUUUGGUUAUAAUUUAGAUAACUUUGGCAGGGGAAAAAGUCGUAAAGGUGAGAGGUCUUGGACAUGAGUCAAGUUGAUAUUACUCAAUGCUAAUGAUACCAAAUGAUGCUUUGCAAUGAACUGGGAAAGCAGUAUAACUACACAAACUUAUUAUAUGUAGAAAAUGAGUCAUAUAACAGCUACUGUAACUAAGCCUCAUAACAAUGCCUCUGUAAACUGAUUUUAGCAUACUAGAAACCUACUUUAGUAAAAUGAGAAAAGAAAAGAAAAGAAAAAGGUUUUCCCCACUUUCUUAUUGGUUAGGUUUGAGAUUUUUGGAGGAUUAAAAUGAAGGUAGGUUAGGGGUGUUAAGUAGAGGGAACAUAGUGGUGUUACUGGGGCAUAGAACCAAAAAUGUAUAUAUUAGUAAAAGAUGCUUGGAAUCUCAAAAGUGUCUUGAGGAUGAAAGUUGAAUAAUUAAAAGAGGAAGAGGUUUUUUAUGGUGGUGAUAAUACGCCAAUAUUUCUGUUACGGUAAAUUUACAAAAAAAAAGUAAUUGUAAUAAACCAUGACACUUUGCUCAAUUUGAAUAAUUUUUAUUUAUAUAGCUUGCCAUAACAAACAAGAAAGUGUUUAUUUGUCAGUAAAAAUAAAAAAUGUAUGGAAAUAUAGAGAAUGUGGCAUUUAAAUAUGUCUGAGAUUAUAGUUUGGUAAAACCACCAAAAUUAUUUUAACAUAGCAGUAAAUGAGAGGGCUCAGAGUACAGACAAUUCAAAUGUAGUCAAAUAAGAAUAUCAA